AUGGACGAAAAGAGGGACCUCGGGCCCCUGGACUGCAGUUCAGGGCUCUGGACAGCAUGCCAGGAAUCUCAUGCUGUUGUAUCCAGACACUCGGAAAAGCAAGGCUGGUAUGUCAUUCAGCCAAGAACCAAACACCGCGACUUCAUUAUGAAAGAUUGGUUCAGAUUCGACGGACAUGUGCAGUAUCAUCGCAGAGUCAUGGGACCCCUCGUAAAGGAAUGGAAGCCGAUCUCCAUCCCUGCCGAAGACAUUCAAGGUCAGAUUAGAAACCAGAAAAUUCGGAAGCUUGCCGUCAAAUUUGACCCUGCCUGGAACGACGAGCUGGCACAAGCCGCCCAUGACACCCGCGUUGCUCGAUUCUCCACUCCACUGGCUUUUAUGCUAAGAGUAUUUCUCGAUGUGUCACAUCAGCAAACCUACAUGCGAAAACUUAUGGUGAUCGACGAUAUCUCGCAGUGGAAGUCACUAAUGCCUCGGGGUAGUCCCGUAAGAGCCUUUGAUUGCGAUCACGAGUAUAUCGAGGUGUACCCAUUGCCUCUGGAUUUGCAAUAUGGGUAUGUGAACCAGCCUAGUGCUACCAUGCAACACGUCCACAUGCACUGGCACCGCUAUAUCGAGUGA